AUGUCUGAAGAAAUUGGACCGCAAAUCCCAGCAAGCCUAUUUUCAAAAAUUCAGGUAAAUACCAGUGAUAGUGAUACUUUAAAGUCGGUCUUUAACAAGCAAUGGAAUGAGGAUAAAACAAGCCAAGACCCUGAGGGACAUGUGUUAUCAUUUAGUCCCAUGUCUCUCCAGUGCAACACACAAAUCGGUCCUCAGAUACCUUCAUCGAUAGAACAGAACGACAGAGAAAAAAAAUCAGCUAAACAGGAACAAAAUGUAGACUCUCAACGUAAGAGCGUUACUCAAAGACGUCCAAUUGGACCAGAAAUUCCGCAUCCUAAAUAUUCAAAUUUCGACGAAGAGGAGGAUGAUGAAAUUGUUAUUGGGCCAGUAUUACCUAAGGGCUUUGAAGAAAACAAUGAUGAACUUAUAUUAAAACGAACUAUUCAAGAGUUCGAAGAAAGGGCUGAAAAAAAUGCGUCAAGCAUCAGAGAUAAAUCCGACAAACCUUUGCAACGCGGAGAAUGGAUGCUUGUGCCACCAGAAUCAAAAUUUUUAGGAGAGACACCAACCAACAUGCGUUCUCGCCAAUUCAAACAAAGAACACAUGAUCCAGCAAAACUUAACAAUUCGCUUUGGACGGAAACGCCUGCCGAUAGGCUGACAAGAUUACAACAAGAAGGCACUAGCCAAAAGCGUAAAUAUGAAAAAGAAAAAGAUGACGAACCAAUAAAAUAUUCGCGUAUCGAUAUUGAGAAAGCUGAAACUAUCAGAGUAUAUAAUGAACAACAUCGAUCAAAAUCACUUUUAGAAUCUCAUUCCGAAAGUUAUAACAAAUCACGUAGAUGGAAAGAGGAUGAUGCUAGCAAACGUCCAUUUGAUCGUGAAAAAGAUGUAUUGGGUUCACGUCGUAUGGAUUCACGUAAACGUAGAGAGUUUUUAAAUAAUGCAAAAGAAUUGGGUUCUAA